AUGGUUGUGACGUUUCCUACGAGCAGGUCGGCUCAAGAACUCUAUCAUCAUGAAGAUGUUGAGAAAGCCUAUUUACAUGAUUUCGAAACUCUCCUCGGUGCUUGUGGUCCCUUAUUACGAGCCGAGGGAGAACUUGGCAGUGUGCGGAUGUGUGCAUGGACCAAGAGACUGCCAAUGAACAAAGAAGGCUGCCCAGCAUAUCAGUUCACGACGGGAUAUGUUCCAGCACAUGGAACAAAUCAUUCUUUGUCGUCAAUCCAGUACGAGUUGCAAUGCAUACGUGAGGAGUGGUUAUAUUACCGAAUCAAAAGGGAAGGAGAAGACGGUGGUGGCUCUGAUGAUAGCACUCCAGAAAGUGCACAGGAUGCGGAAAAAACUACCACUACCGAGCCAGAAACUACCACAACCACACCAGAAACUACCACAACCACACCAGAAACUACCACAACCACUACAGAAACUACCACAACCACACCAGAAACUACCACAACCACACCAGAAUCUACCACAACCACAACUGAAACUACCACGACCACACCAGAAGCUACCACAACCACACCAGAAACUACCACAACCACACCAGAAACUACCACAACCACACCAGAAACUACCACAACCACACCAGAAACUACCACAACCACACCAGAAACCACCACAACCGAAUCAGAAACAACCACAACCGAACCAGGAACUAGCACAACUGAACCAAAAACUACCACAACCGAUCAAGAAACCAUCACUACAACAAUCGAAGAAACCACUACAACAAUAGAAGAGACUACCACAACAACUCCCAUCUCAACAACACCAAUGACCACUACACCAGAAGAAGUGACUACUAGAGAAGAAGAGACUACAACAGAACAAGAAACGACAACCACAAAAGAAAAAACAAAAGGAGGCAAAUCUACGAAGAAAACGAAGAAACCCACUACUAAGGACGACUCUGUUUACUAUACCGAUGACGGAGGAGAUGAUUACUAUGGAGAGACUACAAAAGGAGGAAGAAGAACAAAGCGGCCGAAAUCUUCGAAGGUAUCGGAAAAAAUUUCUCAUUUUUAA